UUAUUAGGGAAUGCCGAAGGGAGGGGCACACAACCCGUCAGUAGACAGGGACAAGAGAAAUAUGGGACGUAAAAAACGUGUAACGGAGAUUUUAGAGGACCAGUUUAGAAGCGAACUGGAGGAUGUGGUGAUAUCUCAGAAAGAGGGGAACAAACCUCUUUUUCAUGGUGGAGUUAAUUUGAACGGUACUGGAGGCCCUACUGGAGGGUCUGAAUUUAAAGGGCUAGCCAAUAUGAGGCAAGUGAACGAUUUGAAUGGAUCUCUACGGGACAAAUACAGUAAACCUGAGCGAGAACUGAGAUGCAAAUUAGCAGCUCUUUACAGACUUACAGCUCAUUUCGAAUGGGAUCAUCUCAUCUACAGUCACAUCACGGCGAGAUUACCAGAUAACAAGAAUCACUUUUUGAUAAACCCCUACGGUAUGCAGUACUCAGAGAUCACUGCCUCAUCUCUUAUCAAAGUAGAUAAGGAUGGUAAGAUAAUAGAUGCAGGGAGCACAGUACUACCAGUCAACAAAGCAGGCUUCAAACUGAACUCAGCACUUCACGAGACUGGACAGGACAUUGUGUACCAUACUCACUCUCACGCGGGCACUGCUAUCUCUGCUAUGAAGUGUGGUCUUCUAAAUCUGUGCCAGGAAGCUAUUAUCGUACGACCAGUUUCCUACGGGACCUAUCAGGGAUUUGUCCCUAGCCGAGGGGAGCAGGCUCAAAUAAAGAAGGAUCUCAUGGACGACAGUCACGUAAUGAUAUUAGAGAACCACGGUUUGGUGAGUGUUGGACCAACUAUUGAGGAAACCUUCCUGUGGAUGGCCCAGCUUACUAAAGCUUGUGAGAUACAGUGGCGUGUUCUCAGAUGUGGGAAAGAUAACCUGACAGACAGGACAUUUGACGAGAACAAAGCAUUUGAAGGAGACCUGCCAGUGGAGCUGGAAUGCAAUCCUAAUGGUGUGGAGUACAGUACAGGAGAGUUAGAAUUCGAGUCGUACAUGAGGAUGCUCGACAACCAAGGCGCCAACACAGGGUACCCAUACAAGAUGCCCAACAUAUUCAGAGACCAGAUCCCAACCUACCCCGCUGUCCAAUACCCACCCAUUGUACCGGGUAUGGAAGGUCCCCCCUCUGACACAGACAGGUCUAAGAUUACUAACAGCAAGCGCGAGGCCUGGUUCAUAAACACACAGGUGACAGAACAGAGAAUAUCCACUAAACAGACCACCCGCAAAUCAGACGAGGAAUCGGUAGGUAAAGGAAGUGGUAAGAGAUUUGCCCCAUUCGAUUCAGUUGUCAGUCCAGCUGGAAGCAGAUCAGGACGCCGCAAGAAGCGCGACACUAGUAGUUACAAUACAGACAGUGACGAUGAAGCACCCCCGCGGCCCCCUCCUCCUUUCAAACGCAAAUCUCGCGGCUCGUCUUCCCUAUCUCCAGAUGAACUUGAUGGUAAAAAGAAAUCGCCCCAUUCCAGUGAUUCAGACGAAGAUGGGCCCGGCCGACCCCCACGUCCUCAAGAGGACUCCAGUAUAGACGGGUAUCACUCAACUAAAUCAGGGUCAGAUUCAGAAGCAACACAGCACGAAGUUGUCCGGGAGCAGAAAGUGGAACGUGAGAUGUUCGUCAACGGACGUCCAGUCAAGCGCCGGCCCGCCAGUUCGAGCAGUAUGGGAAGCAGUCUGGAGGAAGUACCACCAGCACGCAUUCAGAGCAUUCACUCGAGUGGGUCAUCGACUGAUAGUGGGUCAUCGACUGAUAGCGACAGCGAUCGUGUGAGUAGUCCUAGUGGUGAUAGUAGAAGAUCUGACCAGGCCGAUGUCAUCAGUCUCUCCGAUUCACCCUCCUCGGGAGUAGAAUUAGAAGGGCCGCCAACUUUACUGUGUGAGUCAGUAAGCGAGACAGAAGAAAUGCCCGAAGUAGGGUUCGGCUUCGUGAACCCUGUCGAGGAUGCGAACAACGUUUGGGAGAAAAAGCUGGCUAAACUCGACCCCAAGUUUCCUCUCCUUACACGAGACGUUCCUAUUGACCUUAAGAUGUCUGUAACAACUGACCCUGACGUUGAAGAGGAUGCUGGGGGUGAGGACGGAGCAGAGAUAGCGGAUGAGAUAGUAGUCAACACAGUCACCACAUCCAUAAUAGAGAUAACAGAGGUUCAAGAGGACGAAUUCGAGGUGAUAACGCUACAACCCGGCCAACUGACAGAGGAUCAGAAAGCGGAGCUGAUCAAACAGGGUUACGUUCUCCAGGAAGUUUAAGAGCGAUCAGACGAUCUCUGGAGGAACAAGGGAUAUGUUUUGUAAAGAUAUGUUUUAUCAUAAUUAUGAUAAUAAUUAUUAUAAUGGACACUAUAGCAGAUCUGCGACCGGAACAUUUAUGAUCACGGAUUUUUAUUUACCAAUAAUAUAUUAUUAUUAUGACAUUUAAAGAGCAUUUGAAAUGGUCAUGCAUGCAAAUUUAUUAAAGUUUUAUGUUUUUACAGUAUUUUAGUAAUUAACAUUGAUAUCACUUUUAAUUCGUUAUAUAUGGUAUUUCAAAUGUGACGGAUUCAGUUUUGCGGACGACAAAUUUCAUUUCAGAGUUCUAUAAUUUCAGAAAUCAGAAAUAAUACUUCUUUUGAAAUAAACAUGAUUCAUCAUUUAACAUAAUUUUAUGAUAUAUCAUUAUUAUCAGUCAUUUAUAUUCUUGUUCUUGACAUCACUGAGCAUCAAUUUACAUAUGAUUUUUAACGCGGAUUCACAUUUUUAGCCAAUUACUCUACCACUGUUAUAAUAUGCAUUUAGUCAUAGUAUCUAAAAUAGAUGUUUGAAGAUAGAUUUCUGAUUCGACCCACCACAAAAACCCUCGAUCCAAACUCCCUUCGCUGAAAAUUUAUCAUGAAAUUAAGUCUAUCUUCAAAAAGAUAUUAACUUCCAAUAUGCUGUUUUGAGUGUCAUUUUUCAUUGUGACAAUAGUUUCUACCCAGAGAGGGUGUACAUUUUAAUUUAUAUGUAGAUUUUUGUCAUAUUUCUUGUUUGCUAGUGUAGAAUUAACUCUUGGUUAACAAAAACAAUGUAUAAUAUUUUAGUAUAAUUAAAAAUUCGUGAAUCAAUGUUGGGCUGUUAAUUUUAAAAAGUUUUUUAGAUCCGGUCAUCUGAAAAUUUAUGUAAAUGCCUUUGCAGCUUUCGUUUUACGUUUCUUCGAUUCUGUUAUACUGUAUGAUUUCAAUUGCUAUAACAUAUAAUACAUUCGAAAUUUCAUCUUCAGUUCGUUUGAAAA